AUGGCGACUGCAAUUGCUCGUGCCCGGGUGGCAGUGAAGCUCCCCGGACAGCUUCGUGCCUUCAGCUCUACCCCCAAGGUGGCGUCUGCUACUGGGGGAGUAAAGAGACUGGGUGUCAUUGGUGCCGGACAGAUGGGACUCGGCAUCGCUCUCGUGGCGGCCCAGAGAGCGCAAAUCCCCGUAACGCUGGUCGACGCCAACAAGGCGGCCCUUGACAAGGGUUUGGCAUUCGCCGAGAAGCUCCUCGCAAAAGACGUGUCCAAGUCGAGGAUUUCUCAGGAACAGGCCGACCAAGCCCGUUCGCUCCUCUCGCCGGCCACGUCUAUCGAUCAGCUGUCGGACGUGGACUUUGUGAUUGAGGCCGUGCCCGAGAUUCCCAACCUCAAGUUCGAGAUUUUUGCCAGGCUCGCCGAGGUUUGCCCCAAGCAUGCCAUCCUGGCCACCAACACAUCAUCCAUCUCCAUCACACGGAUCGCGGCAUCGACGACCAAGGACCCAACAGACACCUCGGCCAGUUCCCGGGUCGUCUCAACGCACUUCAUGAACCCGGUCCCCAUCCAGAAGGGCGUGGAGAUCAUCAGCGGCCUGCAGACUAGCCAGGAGACGCUCGACAAGGCCGUUGCUUUCUGCAAGGCCAUGGGAAAGAUCACCUCCGUCUCGGCGGACUCUCCCGGGUUCCUCGCCAACCGCAUCCUCAUGCCAUACAUCAACGAGGCCAUCAUCUGCCUGGAGACCGGCGUCGGCGACAAGGAGUCUAUCGACUCCAUCAUGAAGAACGGCACCAACGUGCCGAUGGGCCCGCUGCAGCUUGCCGACUUUAUCGGCCUGGACACGUGUCUUGCCAUCAUGAAGGUUCUUUACGAAGAGACUGGCGACUCCAAGUACCGGCCCAGUGUGUUGCUGCGCAAAAUGGUCGAUGCCGGCUGGCUGGGGAAGAAGAGCGGAAAGGGUUUCUACGACUACUGA